AUGUGUGAAAGGGGCUAUGAUAAUGAAAGGAUAUAUAUUGGAAAGGAUGUGAAGGAAGGUUUUGAUGAAGAGGGUUUCUACAAAACUGGAGACAUAGGGUACUAUGAUCAAGGCAAAUAUUUUUAUAUCGUGGACAGACUUAAAGAGCUCAUUGAGUACAAAGGCUAUCAGGUGGCGCCUGCGGAACUAGAACUCCUACUUCUGCGGCAUCCAGAAGUUCGUGACUUGGGUGUGGUAGCUUUGCCCGAUGAGACGGCAGGAGAAGUACCGCUUGCGUUCGUUGUGCCUCAACCAGGAAGCGCCCUUACGGAAGCAGAACUGCAGAAAUUCGUAGCUGAUAGACGUAAGUUCCGCUUUUUUCGCCCAAAGGAAACAUUUAUGUCCGACGAAUACUGGAAGAAAGUGACGAGAAACGUGCCGCAGCUUGCCCGGCUUUACUUCCGAAAUACCACUUUCCGCGUCACAGUACUAAAUUCUGUGCAUUCGGAAGACGAUAAUGACGUGUUGACAUUGGAAGAUAUAAAUCUGAAAGAUGAGGAAAUCGCAUCUGAUAGACGGAGGCCUGCGAAUGAACAGGAAAAAGAUAUUCUUCUUCUAGAUGCGUUGGGUAGAAGGAAAGCCUCCCAUCACAAUGCAUAUGGUGCAUCACAAGAAGAAGACUCUAUUAUGGAUUUACUAGGCAAAAUGAUACCCCAAACGUGCCGGUAUCGAGGAGCGAGGUACCCAUGCGGAUUGAGUAUAUCAUGCGUGCUGGGCGGGGGGAAGCCCCUAGACCUGUGUUCUGGUGGCAUGAUCUGGGCUUGCUGCGUCGACCGCGACACUACCGAGAAACCGAGCGAGGUCGCUCCUGUAGUUCAUAACGCAAGUGAUUUGAUAGAACUCGUCGGCACAUUCCCACAUGACGGCUACGACUACCAGACAGACACUAACCAAUUCGAGGAUCCAAUCGUCAUCUACACGGAUCCUAACAGGCCCAAACCGCAUUAUAACCGGCCGAAACCGGUAACAGACCGACCCGAGCUGGAUUUAAGUGGACAAAACCGGCCGAAACCUGAUUGGAUUAACCCAAAUUACGAUCAGAAUCAUUAUUAUCACGUGAAACCAUCGUAUCACGAAAGCACCACGGCACACCCCACACCAGAUGAUUUUUACACAUCCAACCACUUCAUGGGUGGCGCAAAUAAUGCUGAUGGUGAUGAUGAUUAUGUACCGGUUCACACAAGCCAUAAACCGCAAAAACCCAGUUAUCCGGGUUGUGGUGAACAUUAUACUCGCUCCAAUCGUAUCGUUGGAGGCCAUUCCACGGGUUUCGGCUCCCACCCCUGGCAGGCAGCCCUCAUCAAGUCUGGUUUCCUAAGUAAGAAGCUCGCUUGUGGAGGUGCCCUUAUCUCCGAUCGAUGGGUGGUCACGGCUGCCCACUGUGUCGCUACAACGCCAAACUCCCAGCUACGAGUUCGCCUCGGAGAAUGGGACGUGAGGGAUGCCGGGGAGAGAUACUCGCACGAGGAGUUCGCCGUGCAAAGGAAGGAGGUGCAUCCAUCGUACGAACCUGCGGACUUCAGGAAUGACGUCGCAUUAGUCCAGCUGGAUCGUGGGGUCGUGUUCAAACAGCACAUUCUGCCGGAAGUGGACGUUGAAGUGAUCCCUAACGAGCGGUGUCAGCGCUGGUUCCGAGCUGCUGGCCGCCGGGAGACGAUACACGAUGUUUUCCUUUGCGCUGGAUACAAAGAGGGCGGGCGCGACUCGUGCCAGGGUGACUCCGGCGGGCCGCUCACGAUGAAGAUGGAGGGGCGGAGCACGCUCAUCGGGCUGGUGUCGUGGGGCAUCGGCUGCGGCCGCGAGCACCUGCCCGGCGUCUACACCAACAUACAGAAGUUCGUGCCCUGGAUCGACAAGCUGAUUACUCCU